AAACAAUAAAACACAGAGUCCACUGCAGCCAGAGUGUAUUCCCAGCCUGCAUCAUGGAACUGAGAGGAGCGCGUCUUUUUGUCUGCAUCCUGAUCCUCGCCCAUGGCUCACUUCAGCAGAGUCCUCCCAAGAAGAAACCCUUGAAGAAAGAUGUGUCAAGCUCAGCUGCCAUUGAGGAGCUGCAGAAGCAAAUCGAUGACAUUGUUCAGGAGGUCACCCUACUAAAGGAGCAGCAAGCCCUACAAACCGUUUGUUUGAAAGGAAUCAAGAUCCAUGGCAAAUGUUUCCUUGUGGAUCCGCUGAAGAAGCGUUACCAUACAGCCAGCGAGGACUGCAUCGCCAAGGGAGGGACCCUGAGCGUGCCGGUGACAAGGGAGGAGAAUGAGCAGCUCCAUAACUACGUGCGGAUGACCCUAGGGCCCAAGGAGCAGGUCUGGCUGGGCGUCAAUGACAUGUCCACUGAGGGCAGCUGGAUAGACCAGACAGGCUCCACGGUACGCUACAAGAACUGGGAUUCAAGGGUCACUCCACAGCCGGACGGUGGCCCUGUUCAGAAUUGCGCUGUGCUUUCAAGCGCAGCCAGUGGGAAGUGGUUUGAUGAGAACUGUCGCGAUGAGAAGGCCUCCGUUUGCGAGUUCAAUAUUGUCUGAGUGCCUCAAACCUGCCGCUGUGCUCAUGUGGUCAGAAUGAGCCACCUCCUCUUACGUAACUUGCAUUCUCUGACGUCAGAAGCCUUGCCAGACACAUUAUAUUUGAGGGUUUGCCCUUCUUAUGAUGCUCCAGCAGUGUGCUCUGUAAUAGUUGUUUCUUCCUUUAGAUAGAUAUACUCACGCUUUCACAUUCUACCACUUGUAUUUCACGAGGAAAGAAUAAACAGUGAAUCAGCUUUUGAAUGAACGUCAGGUGUUGUAUGCCAGCUGAUGCAGCCAUGCAAUUUAUCAAAGUACAAAAAUUACAUGUAUCAGAACACUACAUAGAAUUCAAAUUCAAGGUACACCUGCAGUCAUUCUAAACACUUGAAAUGUGUUUUAGAGUAAAUCUGAUGAAAUGUUAAUUAUAUUGUUUUUACUGACAAAACAGAAACCAGUAGACAGCUGGUUCAUUUAUUCUGUUUACGCAAUGACAAUUGUCUCAGAUAUUUAAAAACAAUGCCAAAUUACUUCACAUUGGCUUUAUUUGCCUCUUCCUUAAUAGAAAUAAGAUGGUCAUUUUCCCCUUUUUGGUGUAGCUGGGAAAAAAUUGCUCUUUUGAAAUAAUCCAAUAAAACAAAAAGGCAAGUUUAUUUUAUGUUUUACAUAACCAUCACAGGAUUCCAGUCAAAAGAACAAAAUAAACAGAGCACAAAUGUGACCCCUUACAUAACACACUAGGCUGGACGUUCUGCAUCGCGCGUGCAGCCAAAUGUUCCAUCGAAUCCAAUUUUCCUGCAGGUAGCCAUGCCAACAAAGAUGAAGGCCGCUGGAAAAUGCUCCUCUUUGCCAUGUGGACUGGGCUGUUGCCUGUCAGGAAAAUGUCAAUCAUAUGAAUCCAUGAAAAACCACUACUCUACCACUACAUUACAUUUUGUAAAGCAUGUGACACUGCAGGAAUUGGUCAUUAUUCUUGCAAAUCAUUGACACAUCACUCAAAGUACAUUUCCUAUGAUUCAGGCACUGUUGAAAAAGAGCUCAUGACAAAAACUCCACAGUGACUGAAUCACAAACUGUUCCCGUAGAAGAAAAUAUAAGAACUGCAUUUUCAUUAAAUCUGAAACAUCAAAAAUAUGUAUACAUUUUCAUACACUACAUGCACAUUAUGAAAAAAUUCACU